UAGUGCUCAGCUCGGUCUUUUGUCUAUCUCUCUCUCUCUCUCUCUCUUUCUCGCACCCCCAAAUCACUCUCUCACAGCUCAAACACUCCCCUUUUAACCAUUCUCUGCAUAAUUAAAAAGAAAAAAAGAAUUUUUUUUUCUUUUAAAUCUCUGCGCCUCAAAUUCAUCCCAGCAACUUUACCCUGGAAAGAUGAGUGAGACAAUUGUAUAAAUUAAAAGUCUUGUAUUUGUGGGUUUGGAUUUAAAGUCUUGUAUUUGUGGGUUUGGAUUUGUUCUGCUUCAGACUUUGUAACAAUGGCGGGAAUAGCUAUAGUUUUGGAUCUGUUGAAGAAAAGCCCGACUUUUUAUGCAUCUCAAAGCCUUCACUCUUCUGGGUUUUUCUCUGCCUCAGCAGCUGCGUCUGCUGCUGCUUCCGUGGCUAUGGGAUACCCUUUUGCCUAUAGGGCUUUAUUCGGUAAUUUUGGGGUACCAGUUGCUCACUGUGAUGCCGGUGCUGCAUGGUCGGAAGAUUAUGUUUCUAAUUUAAAAAGUGCAUCUGAAAGAAUGUUUCAGAAUGAUGCUCUGAAUUACAGUACCAAGGAGUACAAUGUCGAGUUGAAGCCUCUAUUCUCGGCUUUUGAAUUAAGGACGCUAGCUAUGACAACCUUGAGGUCAUUUUUAAUGUUCUAUUUGCCUCUUUUGGAGCCUCGCACAAAUUUGGAAGACGAUGAUGAUGACUUCCUGCAGGAUGCCCAAGAUGAGCAGCAACCCGUGGAUUAUGUUGUUCCCUUCAAAAAAUCAGUCAAGCAAAUCGGUCGUGAGACUACUGUCGUAACAACUAGGCGAGUUCUGGAAAGAAUUGCUGUACAUUAUGUUUCUCAGCGCAUGGCAUGGAAACUUUUGAAAGAUGUUCCAAAAUCAGCCACACGCAAAGCUGGAAGAGGAAUGCCUACAUACGUUUACUUCUUCCAUGUUAGCAGAACAACUUUCCGAGGACACUUUCUAGGAGUGACAGCAUCUUGGAUUGUUCAAGUUGCCAUUGACAUAUACCGGUUUCUCUCUCGUACUUUAAAUUCAAAAGAGGAUGAUGAAGUUGAUGCAGCAGAACAGGCCAAACUUUUAGGAAAGAAGGUUACAGCUACUACUGUCAGGUGUGGUGCCUCACUGGUUUUUGCUUCAAUUGGGGCAGGGAUAGGUGCAACUCUUUUCCGUCCAUCAGCUGGCCAGUGGAUCGGCUGUGCCGUGGGGGACUUGGCAGGGCCUAUUAUUGUAACAUCUUGCAUGGGGAAAUUUUUUCUCCCAGACCUUUAAUUUACAAGGGUAGGGUUAACAUUGAUAUAUUUUUUGCACUUCCAAGUUUUACUGGUGUACUAAACAUUUAAGAAGUAUUUGAUGGUAAAUUUUUUUAAUCAAAACCAAUUUCUAGCUAGUUUUAGAUAAACAAGGUGUUGAACAGGCAGCUUGAGAAUUGGUCCAAGUUUUCCCUUUCUCGAACCAUUUUGAAAAUCAUAAUUGGAAGACAAUGAAUAGUUAAGAAUACCCUGUGAAUUUAUAUUUGCUAAUGGUACAGCAUAAGGCGUUCCAAAUU